CGUUAUAGCUACACUCCUCUACUUUAUUCACGUUUUUAUAAAAUGCUACUCUGUCGAUAUCCUUCAUUGGAAAGAUUACAAUUAUAAAUAACGUGUCUCACUUCGUAAUAAUAUUCGAUAAUAUACAAACAAAAUUAAAAAAUUGGCAUUUGUAAAUAUCGACAAAAGAAUGAAAAUUAUUAUAUCAUUUAUCACGAAAUCCAACAUAAUCACAAGCACAAAUUAAAACAGCUAUAACUUCCAAGCACCUAACAUACGUACUGAUGACUAGCCACUUCUUAUUAAAAAUUUUACAACAUAUACAGUUAACGUAGGGAGGGUAUUGAAUCAUUGCACGCACGCCAUCCACUUCACAGCAUUAGAACCGACAAUUUCCAAGCGAUUAUACUUUUCAACUUUUCUAAAACAAGUUCUACCAACUAGACGAAUCGAUCGGUAGAACAAGUACCUAAAAAACACGCGCAAGCGUUGCGCUGCUCCAUGCAUCCCCCAUUGACGCGCGUCUACUUUCUAAUAACAACUUCACUCCGCGAUGUCGAACGAAGCAGUGAUCAUCGAAGCUGAUAGCAACAGCAACAGUGACUACAGUCUACAAUUGAAUCGAUGGUUCUUGAAACCGAUCGGUGCAUGGCCAUCGUCUCCAUCCACCACAAGAUUAGAAAAGAUAAUUUCGUUUCUUUUAAACACCAUUUGCUACAGCACCGUAAUUAUCACUGCGAUACCCAGUGUACUGCAAAUGAUUCUAGAAGACGAGAGCAUUAACUCGAAAUUGAAGAGCCUAGAUUUCUUGAGUCAUUUAAUCGUCAGUAUCUUUACUUAUAGCGUGUUGUUAUUACACAACAAAGACAUACGACGAUGCGUAGAACACAUGAAAGCUGACUGGCGAGCAGUGACCAGAAAGGAGGAUCAACACGUGAUGAUGAAGAACGCGAAAUUCGGUCGUUACGUAGCAGCUUUCUGCGCAAUUUUUGUACAAGGUAGCGUUUUGUGCUUUUGUUUCGUGACGUCUCUAAAUACACUCGAGAUUCAAAUUGGAAACGAGACGAGAAUUUUACACGUGUUACCUUGUGCAGUAUACAAGAAGCUGGUAAACGUCGACGAAAGUCCAACAAACGAAUUCAUGAUUUUUUUGCAAAUCUGGUCUAGUGUUAUCGCAAAUUUUAGUACAAUUGGCAUCUUUAGUCUCGCAGCAGUUCUAGCUGCUCACGCGUGCGGUCAGCUAAAUGUUGUUAUGUUAUGGAUUGUUGAAUUUGUCAAUGAAGCCACAGUAGAGAGCAGAACUGAUGGUUUUACGAAAAUUGGAGUAAUCGUGGAACGACAUCUGAGGACAUUGAAUUUUAUAUCAUAUAUCGAGGGUGUGAUGAAUAAAAUCUGUUUUUUGGAAAUGUUAAGAUGCACGAUGGAUAUAUGUGUAAUUGGCUACUUCAUUGUGUCGGAAUGGGCAGAGCAUGAUAUUCGAAAUUUGGCAACGUAUUUUAUGAUGUUCGUUACAAUCUGUUUUAACAUUUUCAUAAUAUGUUACAUCGGUGAACUAUUAACGGAGCAGUGUAAGAAAAUUGGCGAAGCCGUUUACAUGACGAACUGGUAUUACUUGCCCGGUAAAACAAUCCUCGACUUGAUUAUGGUCAUCGCACGAUCGAAUGUAGUCGUUCAAAUCACUGCAGGAAAAUUAGUUCAUAUGUCGGUUUAUACAUUUGGUAGUGUAAGUUUAUUCGAUACUCCCACUUAUAACUGUAUUGUCUGUUCACGUAAAAUAUUCUGCCAUUUCAGGUUGUGAAGACAGGUUUUGCAUACUUGAAUCUGUUGCAGCAAAUGACGUAAUAAAAUGGAAUCCUGGAAAAAUAUAUUGUGUUUUUAAUAAUAUAGUAUGUACAGUACA